CCCACCACCAGCCAAGGCCCCAAGAAACAGCAGUCAGACCAUGGACGGCGGCGGAGGCGUGAGGCCAUCGCUCCCGUCCGCGGCGGCGGGAGGAGCCUCCGGCGCGGACGAGCCUCGCGACGCGCGCGUGGUGCGGGAGCUCCUCCGCUCGAUGGGGCUUGGCGAGGGCGAGUACGAGCCGCGCGUCGUGCACCAGUUCCUGGACCUGGCCUACCGCUACGUCGGGGACGUGCUCGGCGACGCCCAGGUCUACGCCGACCACGCGGCCAAGCCCCAGAUGGACGCCGACGACGUCCGCCUCGCCAUCCAGGCCAAGGUCAACUUCUCCUUCUCCCAGCCGCCGCCGCGCGAGGUUCUACUCGAGUUGGCACGCAGCCGGAACAAGAUCCCUUUGCCCAAGUCUAUAGCUCCACCCGGCUCGAUUCCCUUGCCACCCGUACAGGACACAUUGUUGAGUGAAAACUACCAACUCCUACCUGCAUUGAAGCCGCCAACUCAGACCGAGGAAGUAGAAGAUGACAAUGAGGGAGCCGGCGCAAGCCCUACCAAUCCUAAUCCAAACUAUCCGCAGGAUCAGAGGGGCAGCGAGCAACACCAGCCUCAGAGCCAGAGGGGGGUUUCUUUCCAGCUGAAUGCGGUGGCCGCCGCAGCUGCAAAACGUUCUCUAGUGACAGUUGAUCAGUUGAACAUGGGCUAACUAGCUGUAGAUCGUUGGCUGGUUCCUAGUGCUUGCUCCCGCAAGCCUGCUUGCUGAUGCUUGUGUAGCUGCUGGGAUGACCCUCCUAUUUCACCAUGAAAACUGCCGAUUGUUGAGGAAAGGGAGCAGCCUUGCAUGUAGUGUAAGUUGUAGCCGUGCACCUCUCUGGUUAAUUAAUUCCUGUCCAUUAUUUGUCAACUUAUGGAUUUUGUUGAACUUGGUCUGUUCCGUCGUUGUUUCGGACUGCGAAAUCAGUGUUCCUACUGCGA